CAACGAAGAACCGGAAAUUCGGUGUAAACAUGGAGGGCAACUUUUCUGAAAAUGAUGAGGAGGGUAGGCCCAACCCUGAUGGACGCCCACCAACAUCUGACACGACGGCCCCGACUUCAGCUGAUGACCAGAGUGUCCGAGCCGCCCUCUCUGAACCAGGUAUUGUGAUGGUGAAUGGUGUUGCAGUUCAAGUCAUUGCAGGCAAUGCUUCAGGGUAUGCAAGUGAAGAGCAGGAGGAGGGGGCAAAUGAAACUGGGGAUCCAGACAGGGAAUCUGUCUCAAACAAAAAUGAAAAUGUGGAUGAAGAUGAUGGAUCGGAUAGUGAUAAUGAAGAUGGGGAUGAUGAUGAAGAUGGAGAGGAUGGAGAGCCAGAGGAUGGGGACGAGGAUCAGGAUGGAACUGAAGAAGCAGGAGAGGUUGCACCAACGAGUGAACCAAUAAGAAACAGCAGUAACACCCACAACAUGAUCAGCAUAUUCAAGAAGGAAGCACAAGACAUUCAGGAAAGUUUGAUCAACAAAGAUACUGCCGAAGAAGGAGAUGGAGAUGAUAUGGAUGCACCUCGGGAGUCUGUGGGCUCGUCGACCGAGAGACGUCGAAGUACAAGAAAGAGAAAAAGCACCCCUGUUUAUCGUAUUGUCACAAUGAAUGAUGAUCCCCUAGAUGACUUGGAUGAUGAUGAUGUCCAAGGCAAGGCUAGGAGAGGGAGGCCAAAAAGGAAACAGUCUAUGAUGAAGAAUGAACCAACAGUCACCGAUGAUGACGAGUAUGUUCCAUCUGAUGUGGAUGAGGCACAAGAGGAUGAUACGACUGCAUCAAGGCCGCAUCCUCACAGAAACAGAAUUAGAACACCGUCCGCCAGCAGGACAGGGGACCAACAAACAUCAUCAAGGCGAAGAGUGAAAAUAAAGAGGAAGAAUACUGUCUCACUUGGGGCUGUAAAUAUGGAAAAGUGGGUUAAGUUGAAAGAAGAACUUGGUGUAACGCAGGAUUACCAGUUUUCAAGAAAGAUAUUAGACUUUAUUGAGGAAAAUUUGGAGGAUUUUAAGAAGACAAAGAAACCUAAAAUUAAAGAAGAACCUCCUGAGGAAACACCGCCAUCAAAAUCGUACAAUCCACAUGCCAGUGAGUCGUCCGAUCCGUUUGUCUGCAUCCAGACAAACUGGGAGGUGAAACGAUGGUAUCUGGAGCUGGUCUCCCAUGCCAAGAGAUCAACAUCUGGCUUCCUGGCACAUGUCCUUAGGCUCUACUGCAAAAUUCAUGGAGUGGACUUACCUCCAGACAAUGCCCUCUUUAGGAACGAUAUGGAAAAUGAGGCGACCGCCGGCGACAAGAUGGAAGAGAUUUGUAACUGCGACGGAAAUAAUUACGUUGCAGAAGAAAGCCAUGUGGACACGGCAGAACUUGAGCAGAAUAUGAUUUUAGGAUUAGAUUCAAACAUCGGACUUGUUGGCACUAAUACAGGUAGUUGUGGGGUUGUGCAGGGCCAGAGUCAGUCCAACGUUAUCUCUGGACUUCAGGGGAAAGCCCAGGUGGUGCAGAUGAGCAUAGACUGUCUUAGGACUGGGAUGGAUGAAACUACAGAAGGGCCUGAAGACUUCAGCACAAGUGCUGAAUUUAGACAAGGUUUUGCAGAUGGUGCAACUGGUGAAAUCCCCAUCACCAAUUCUGCAGAGCAGCUAGUCAGAAAUGAAGAUGAAAGUUCUCUCCCCCUGAAAAAACAAAAACUGAAAAAUGUCCGCUUUAUGAGAAGGGGGAGGCAGGAAUAUGGUACUGGUCACCCUCUCGGUAUAACCAAGGAUGACUACAUCUUACAUGAGCUUCCUAGCAAGGAUGAUACGAAAAAGAAAUAUUACGAAUGCGCCUUGUGCCAUAAGAUUUAUAAAUCGUGGAGUAUCUUUGCCCAUAUUCGUAUUCAUAAGGGCGAGAAACAUUGCUGUCGACAGUGCGGAAAACAUGCGGUGGAACAGCGGUCAAAGUCGACUCUCAAGAAACCCUCAAAACAAUCGACUUGUUCCUAUUGUCCUUUCUUCAGCACAGUCCGUUCUGUUAUGAAGGAGCACAUGACAGCUAAACACCCUGAUGAACUUGCCGCUGCUGAGCGAUUCCUCUGUGAACACUGUGGGAAAGAGCUGCGGUCGAAGGCAAGUCUGAAAGAUCAUCGCCGAACCCACACGCCACAAAUCCGAAAUAAAAUCUGUGAUCUUUGUGGUAAGGCAUUCACAACAAGGAGAUUUUUACGGAUUCAUAUUAAUGGUGUGCACGGGACAAAAAAACAUAUUUGUCCCCACGAAGGCUGUGGUAUAGCAUUUAAUACAAGAAAUAUGGUGCGUACGCAUGUAAACCGUGUCCAUCUUCAUCUUAAGAAGGUCAAAUGUACUUAUGAGUCAUGUUCGCGACUGUUUUUUAGUAGGUCGGAGCUUCAGCAGCACAUCCGAGUUUACCACACCAAAGAGAAGUUAUUUACUUGCACUUGGGAGGGUUGCGGAAAAGCUUUUCGAACGCCAUAUCACGUCCAGGUGCACAUGAGAAUUCACACAGACGAAAAGCCACUAAAAUGUCCACAUUGUGAUUACCGCGCUCGCCAACGCAACGCCCUCAAUUGGCACUUGAAGAAACAUGACCCCAACCCAAAUAAACCUGCGACUGUUUCGAAGCCCCGUGCACCUAGGCCACCCAAACAGAAACAACCACUCCCACCAUUGCCUCGACACGACAACUACCAACACGACAUGCCACAACCAAGUCAUCAACCCCGUCUCCAGGCUCCGUACCAACCUCACCACCAUCUAUCCAAUCAGUACGAGUUUAGUGGAAUUCCACCGAAUCCGUUUGGUCCUAUUCAGGUCGAUAACAAUGGCUACACCUUGCCCUACCCCCAGCAGAGUGUGUUUCCCCCUGGGGGCAUGCAGUAUCAAUCUUUGUAAGAUUUUUCAAAUGGCCCUGUCAACCUUCCCAAUGCACCUCCCCUCCUUCCUUAUUGAUUACGUUUAAUUAAUGGGCCAGGGGUUGAUGUUUAGACUUAGCAUGGACGAAUAGCUAGCUUUUUCCAAAGACAUACGAUAUUGUUUGUGACUGUAGUGAAUCCCUAUUUCACAAGGCACUGCCAUGACCAAAAUAACACUCGUUCCUUUAUUUCUGCCUGAUUUUCACGAAACAGGUGUUGAGGUGAUUUCUUUUGCAAGCCAAAUGAAGAUGUCUUUUUUGUUGGCUUCCGUUGUUCAAAUGCUUCCAAGUCGUAAUAAAUUCCAGCAUACAUGUAGCAAUUUGCAUCUGUCACCCCAAUACUUGUUUUGUGAAAUUUGGUUAAGAAUAAAGGAAUAAAUGCUAUUUUGGCUGCAGCUGUACCUGGUGAAAUAAUGGGGUAGGUAGAUGAGUGUAUGAUGAAAGCCUAGCAACACUGCCAGUGUUCCUUGGUGUGACGAACCCAUGCAUGUUCCGCUGUUGCUCUGGUCUACUAAAAAGUCUCGACAUCUCCAAUUUGACGACUUCUCAAAUUUGUUGAAUCGUUCCACGGUGUAACCAUCAAACCAUGAAAAGCAGUAGGUCCUUUUUAAAAGUGUGAAUGUACCUUGACUUCGUCAAGCACAGAGUGAUUUCACUUCGACCCGUCCACAGUGGCUGCUCAGUCAGUCAGGGAUGGAUAUUUUUCAUUUCCAGUUGAUUGACUCACGAACCUGCUCAUGCAGGAGUCUACUGAUGAAACGUGAAUUUGACAAGAGUAGGGUGUUUGAGGUGAUGUUCUAUGUGUGCAUUAGCAAACACUAGUGGUCUUUUAUUCCGAGGUGGUCUUUGGGAGGGGAGUUUGAAUUGUUUAGCUUUUACUGGCCUUCCAUUAUGGGGCCAGAUCUAUGCCAUGGCAUGGAGAUAUAUCACACCUCUGGACAACUGACAGUGUUUGCUGUAAAUUCAAGGUGAACGCCUUGUCUUUUCUGUAAAGACAUUUCACUGUUCACUGGAGGGCUUCACUGAAAUACAUGUUGUACCGAUGUAUGGCGAUAAGACAGGACCAAAAUCAUGAACUUCUUGAAGACAUGUGUGGUACACUGGAACCUCCCUAAGCAGACACCUCUGCUUAUAACAGAACACACACUCUGUUGAGGAUACUGCUUUUGGUCCUAAAAUGGAUCAUUGUGACCUCUUUAAUCAGGACACCAUAGUCAGGACAGCAUUUAUCAAUCCCAUGGGUGUAAUUCAAAAUUGAGAGGUUAUAAUCUGCUACAGGGAAGUGUGUUUUUUUGUUUCAUUUGUUUGAAAGAUUGCGUUGUUUGGUGUUGGAAUCAUGUUUUCCAUGUAGGGGUUUCUCUUCCUAUUACAUGUAUAUUACCCAUUAUUGCUGGAUAUUUCUAGCGGUUAGUGCAAGUAUUGAUUUAGAACUUGUAUAUAUUCAAUUGGUAUUUAAUAUCAGAGGUAAAUUAUUUCUUGUUUAUCUAGUUUUAUCUUUUGAGAAAUUCUAUUUGAUUUGAGAGUAAAAUGUAUGUUUGAACAAAGUCUUGCUUUGGGAAGACUCUGUUUUUUUCUUGGAACCAUGUUUAAACACAAAAACUUUCUAGGUGGUAUUUUGUAUGUGUCUUGUCCUGGUUUUAUGCUUUUGUUUUUUUCCACAAGGACAAUGUUUAUUAGGACUGCCUUUGAUUUUUAUUGUGCGAACUCUUUAUGUAGGGGCUGUUACAAAUACAUGUAUAAUGUAUUUCUUCAUAACCAUUUCAUAGAAAGUGCUUACAGCAAAAAAGCUAGAGUCGCUUUCAAAUAUUUCAUCCCUGGUGUAUGUAUGUAUAAUGUAUAUGAUUAGGUCAAAGUAGAAAUUAGAUCAGAUUUUAUCAAAUCUAGGCGUACUUGAAAUUAUGGUAAAGGGGAAGUAGGCAGGAGCUAUGGUGGUGCUGGUGCAGUGGUCUCGAGAUGACAAAUUAUGCAGUGAGGGAACUGCGUCUGGUUUGACUUGGAGAUUACGUUCCUUGUCUAAGUGUGAAUAGUGCUAAUGUACUGUGAGACGCCUGUUGGCAGUUUUGUUAAACUUAAUGUGGCCCACUUUGCCACUUCCUGUCUCCCUUUAUUUAAGUCAUUUGGAUGGGGUAGUUGUUCUAUCACCAGCUGAGGUUGGGUUUAUUUAGAUUUUAAAUAUUAUAAAUCAAGAGAUGUGACAAUAGAAUUAUAACAAAUGUUACA